GUUGACAUGAUGAGAGAUGACCGUUACGUAAACUUCAAGAGUGACAACUCCCUGAAAGCUGACAUGGUGAGGAUUCCCUUCAAAGGAGGCCGUUUCUCCAUGUACGUCGUGCUGCCGCAGAGUGUGGAUGGGAUCACUGCACUGGAGACAUCCUUGACCUCUGGAGAUGCUAUCAACAAACUCUUCGACGGCUUCCAGCCACAAUACGUGAGCUUGGAGAUUCCAAAAUUCAAGAUCGAAUCGACAUUCCAUUUGAAGGAUCAACUGAAAGCACUAGGCAUGGUGAAGGCUUUUGACGCUAAUGCUGCUGACUUCAGUGGAAUAACACAAGUUAACGGCACACACAUCAGCUCAGUCAUCCACAAAGCCGUGAUCGAGGUCAAAGAGACUGGAACCACAGCCGCCGCCGCCACCGUGGUCACCAUUGUGGCCGAGAGUGUCAUGAUCCACUCAGACAUGACCCACUUCCGGGCUGACCACCCCUUCCUGUUCUUCCUCCGGGACGACCAGACCAACCAAAUCCUCUUCCAGGGAAAAUUUUCCGGCUAGAGCACAGCCUGGGAGGAGCUCCGACUACCAACAGAAAGAGAAUGAUGAAAAUAUAGAGAAAUAAAGAAUGCGUGAAAAACGGCAACAAGAACA